AUGAGUCUGACUUCCAAUCUGCUAAGUUCAAUGAGGUUGAACCUCUGCUUCUGUAUACUCGUGAUACUGGUCGCUAUUAUCCCUCUGAGUUCCACUCUGGAAGACUUCCUGACGAUCUCAAAGUUCAGCAUUUCUACAUUUCUCGGCUCUUUCUGCCUAGGUCCCAUGGCCUACCCUCAUCUUAUGUUUGAUCACAUGCUGAACUACCAUGAUGAAUACUAUGAUGGGGAGCUUCCCUUUGCCCCAUAUAUCACUCAAAUCGUGUUGGCCUUAGGUCUGGAUUUGCGCUUUAAGGUGGCUCGUGUGGAUUUGCUAAACUCUCUUUGUGCUCAGUUUUUCCUGCGUAAGGUUGAUGCGUCUGUUGGUCGUCGUUGCCCUCUGGUCAAUGCCCCAGGGGGAGAGGCAGCUGCUCAUGCAGUUCCUUCACAUGAGGAUGGACUCAGCCUUCCAGAUUUGUGCGAGGAUGAAGCGGAAGAAGAACCAGAUAUAGCAGAUCUGGUUGGAGCGGCCAGUGACAAUGGUAAACGUCCAAUGACACAUUCCUUGGAGGCUAUUCGAGUCAUGUUCAGGCGGGAGGAGGAAGCAAGCAGCCGUGGGAAUCUGAUGAUGGAGGAUGAAGAUGGUAUCUCCGACUAUGUUCCUUCACCAAAAUAUUCGUUUUAG